GGGGAAAUGUCAUUCUGAUCUCCACUGAAGAGAAACAUAUUUCUCCUUGACUCUAAGAGGGAUUUUUUUAAAAAAGAUGUAUCCUGUUCCUGGUUCCAUGCAUGGAGCAGAGGGAAAUAAUGGACAUCCUAGGAAACUUAUUUCUUUCCUUUUUGUUUUUGGCAUUUCAUUGUUAUGUUCUGGAUUCCUUCUUUCAAUGUUUGUUUUACAGACGUGUCCAAGUGGAGCUUUUGGGGACUGUAAAGCAGCCCUUAAAAUCAUUGGACCUCUACUUGCUCUGGUUAGCUUCGUGUGUAUCAUUCUGGCACAGUCAAAGUCUAAAGACUAUCUCCAAGAAGUGCAGUUGCAAGAUGAUCGAGUAUAUGGCUUUGUCUUUUGCCAGUUUGCCCAGUUCCUUGUCUUUUUAUUUUUAACCAGUGGAAUGCUUAUUAGUUUCCUGGGCAUUUGGAUUCCAGGAUGUAGCUCUGGGUGGCACUACCAACCAUUUAACCAGAGCAGUACAUCUGAUAUCCAAGACUGUGGAUUUCUCUCUGUUCAAACCAUGGGUCCUUUGAUUGUGCUUAUUGGAUUGUGCUUCUUUGUGAUAGCUCACAUCAAAAAGAAGCAAAAUUUAACUCUCACCCAAGAGUCUUCUGUACGUGAAGAAGAGCACCUGAGCCCUGAAUCAUUUCAAGUUACAGUAGGUGAUACUGUCAUGGUGUUCCUACCUCCUCCACCACCUUAUUUUGCUACUGUUCUCCGCAAACAAUAACUCCUAGCCUUGUGACAAGUGACUCGCAUUUAGGGGAAAAUCCUCUCCUUACCACAGCACUUUUGUUCACUAAACACAGAAUACUGAUCUAUCCAGCUCAGUUACUUGCAGGGAGAAUGAG